AUGACGAGUGACGAUCAGUUCUUUUUCGACUAUCUUGCGUCCAUACCUCAUGACGUAAGACGGUAUUCCCUCGAAGUCGCAGACUCCAUCGACCGGCAAGUUGACUACGCCGCGAAAUCGCUUAAAGACACACUGGCACAGCAGACAUGGCUACCCCCAACUAUCCGACCCGCGCGCGUCAACCCGAGAGGGCGCUCGUCGCAAGGCUUCACGGACCGUGUGCAGAACUGGAUGGCUAGUAACCGCGCAUGGACUGCGGCUAUCUUCGCGUUCAUCGGUACUGGUGUAGUCUUGUACUAUGGAAGCAAGAAGCUUCAUGGCAAGCGCAGGAAAGCCAAAAGAGCGAGCAACGGCGGGCGAAAAGAGAUCGUGGUUGUCGCCGGAUCGCCCCACGAACCGAUGACCAGAGCUAUUGCUACGGAUCUGGAGCGCCGAGGAUACAUUGUAUACGUGACCGUGUCUUCUGCGGAUGAAGAGCAGAUCGUCAAGUCUGAGAAUCGCGCCGACAUCAAGGCCCUUUGGCUGGAUCUCACAACAACUGCCUCUUCGCCCUCCGAUAUCCACCCCUCAUUGCAAGAAAUCUGUUCCCUCAUCACCAAGCCGCAAUCUCCUCUCCCCGGAGUGCCCCCGCACACCUGCCAACUGAGUGGCGUGAUCGUGAUUCCGUCACCAAACUACAGCGCAGGCCCUGUCGCAACCAUUGCACCCUCGUCCUGGGCCGACACAGUCAACACCCGCCUCCUCUCACCCAUCCUCACCGCACAGGCCUUCCUCCCCCUCCUUACCCUGCGCAGCAACAGCAGCACACUCCUCUUCGCCUACCCUUCCAUCUCCUCUUCCCUCUCCGCGCCCUUCGCCGGACCCGAAGUAGCAACCACACGAGCCAUCUCCGGCUUCGCAGACUCUCUCCGCCAGGAGCUCCGCCUCCUCGAAAACAGCAACGUAAACGUUGUCGAGCUGCGCCUCGGAAACAUCGACCUAGGCCCCGUCUUCCGAGCCGGCCAGAGCCAAAUCGCCGGCACAGAAGUGCUCACCUGGAGCACCCAGCAGCGCGCCCUCUAUGCCUCGCAAUACCUCAACAGCGUUGAGCAGCGCCCCGUCGCCUCAGCCGGUCCCGGCACAGUUCGUGGAUCCCCGGCGCGCAAGCUCCACUAUGCUAUUUUGGAUGCAUUGGAGCCCACUUCACUGGACGUGUUUGGUUGGAGGACUUCCAAGAAAUCCGUCAUGUACGUGGGCCGGGGGGCUCGCUCUUACAACUUGAUUGGUGCCUGGGUCCCGAGUGGACUCGUGGCGUUGAUGAUGGGGUACCGCGGAAAUGGAGCUGAUACCCCGAUCAGUGCCAGCGGCAGUGGCAGUGGCAGUGAGACUUGGGAGAAAGUUUAG